GUGCGUGGGUCAUGCGACCGUGUUGAUGACGUUGGUUUGCAAACACUGAUAAACAUCUGAUCACCUCGCUCCCGACUUCGUCUUCGGAAAUUACCAAAUAUGGAGAAUACUGGUUGCUGUUGCCGUUCGAAUGCCAUCGCUCCUGACUCCUUGGAGGCGAAGGAUGUACGGAGGAAGGCGGCACUGUUCCUGCUGCGACUGUCCUGGGUUCAGAUCGUCGCCAGUGUACUCUCCGUAAUAACCGGCCUUGUGUCUGUAGGCGUGGCCCUCACCAACCCGACAUACCCGAAGAUAAACGGACAUGCGGUGUUAACGGGUAUUCUGGUUUUCAUCGGCGGUGUUUACGGAAGGAAAGCGACGAAGAAGGAUGUUGUUGAAGAAGUUGGCGUGAGAGUUCGUGCUUACAUCACCAUUCAUUUUACUCUCAGCGUCACUUGCAUCUCCAUGUCAGUGCUACAAAUCCUCUUCACUGGUUGGGCCGUGGCUGAAUGCUUCUCCACCAAUCAGGACACAGCUUACAAAUGCCAGCCAUACGAAACAGCCAAUGUCGGCCUUGGUUUUAUUGUAAUAUUCCUCGGCGUGGUUCUGCUCAUCGCCAGUAUAGUAGGCUCCACGUUCCUGUGUUCUUACAAGCGAGUGUUUGCAUUCCUGGAUUACCAGGAUCGGAUACAACAAGAAAUGGCCCUGCUAAGUGACAAGUCUACGCAAGGGUCAUGUGAAACUACACACUUUUGAUCAAUAUAAAACAGUCCACCGAACACGGAACUCGUUUCCACAGUUUCCAAGCCGCGAAUAGCUGCAAGAUUGCUGAUACGGCGUUUAGCAAAAAGUACUCACUCACUCUACAGUUUCCAAAUAUUUUGCUAUUUACAAUGGCCGUUAUUCCUCAGGAAGUGCCAGUGGGGGAUAACAGUAUCCACAAGCCUGUGUUAAAGUAUGGAGUGCCAUGCUAUCCUUGUGCAGGUGGGCCAAGGUAUCUAAGGACUUCUGAAAUAGUUCCUCAACUUAAAUGAACCAUAUUUGUCAAAUACUAGCGACAUCGUUGAAAUUCUAUAUUGUCGUUUAUUGCAACCCCAUUACAUUUGUGUAUACCUUAAA